AUGGCCACGAAAGUUGAGGUUGUCUCCACAGACACCAUCAAGCCGUCCUCUCCAACUCCACCUCACCUUAGGAACUUCAAGUUCUGCCUCCUUGACCAGCUGGCUCCUCCGUUUUAUGUUCCGAUCGUCCUGUUCUACUCGGCUCCUGACGACAAGGCAGCGCCAAACCCAGCCUUGGUGACGGGAUACUUGAAGACUUCUCUCACGCAGGCGCUUUCCCUUUUCUACCCUCUCGGCAGAAGGGUGAAAGGAAAUGCUGGUGUUGAUUGCAACGAUGAGGGCGCACUCUUUUUGGAGGCGAAAGAUCACUUCGGAGCCAGUACCAACAUUGAGGAACAAGUCAUUGUAGGGGUCCAAGCCAACUUCUUUGACUGUGGUGGCAUUGGGAUCGGCAUCUGUAUCUCUCACAAGAUCGCUGACGGCUCGGCAGUCACCGCUUUCCUCAACACAUGGUCCGAAAUCGCCAACAAUGGCGUUGAUGGUGCUGCGAACCUCAUCACUCCCUUCUUGAAAGCAUCUGAGCUCUUCCAACCAAAAGACAUAAACUUCCAAAUGCCACCCGGAGUCAUAAGCAGAGAGAAGCUUUCGACCAAGAGGUUUCGUUUCAACAGUGAGAGCUUGGCUUGCCUUACGGCCAGGUUCGGCGGUGCCAAUCCUACUUGUGUUGAGGCCAUGACCACCCUCAUAUGGAAAUCUGCUGUGGAGGCGGUGAGGAAGAGGCCAGAGAGGAAGGAGAAGUUUUACCUAUCAUCAGCAGUCACACGUGGUGAACAUCAGAAGCAGGAUGAGGCCACAACCAUUGCCUGA